CUCGACUUGUGGACGUUUCUUUACGUGAGUUUCUUUAUUUAUUCCUAUUAGUCUGAAAUAUCGUUUAUCGCUGUAAGUAAAUUGUUUUUCAGAUUCCUCAAUAUAGAGGGUAAAACUUAUUUUUCCUGCAGGUAAUCAUAAUGUUAUCACUUCUAAUGAAAGUAUCACUGGUUAGCGAUAUACUUUGCCAUGUCUUGUGGUUUUAUAAUAUGGUUCUUUCAGUCUCGUUGAUUUUUCAUUAUCUAGGGCACUUGGUGCGUAAAGAUAUUCUGAAUUAAUCAACUAUGGAUCUUAAUCUGUUAGACUCACUUUCGUCUGUAAUGGAAUUGGAAAUUUACUAAUGUAUCUCAGUUGUUACAGAUACAUGGAAGUGGCUUCGGUUAAAGUACCAGUUGGUUCUCGUAUUUCUGAACAAUGCGGAUUGUGCUAUUAAACUCGAUCCUAUUCAGAUAAGGUUUCAUCAUAUUGGUCCUACUAAGACUAGAAAAAUUUUAAUGUUCCUCUAAGUGUAUGCUGCAUAAUCCUCAGUGCAUUGCUUCCCAUUGAAAGCCCUAGUCUCCACUACAUCUGUACAAGUAAACACUGCUAUAGAAUAUAAUUACAGUUGCUGGUUGAAGCAGGCUUAGAUUGCUCCGAUCGCCUGCAUGCUCACUUACAUAUGGUAGCUGGCCCAUUAUGAUUAUCUUUCGUAAAAUGUAGGUUAGUCAGUUACCAGAGACUUGAUCAAUAUAUUAACCUUAUUUUCAGUGAUAGGUUCACAUUUUUCAUUCAGUUAGUACAGUUUGUUUCUAGUUGGGAGAUCGAAUCCUGUUGUAGUUGAUUUCACUAAACCAGAGUUUCAGUAGUCAAUUUAUAGACCUAACAAUAUUUUUCUACGAUCUUGUUGGCUCAACAAUUAGUCGAGCUUUAAUUCAUUCCUUGAAUUAUCCAGACACUUUCAUUACCUGUAAGACUGGCUGGUUGCUUUAUGUCGUCAGGGCUACGUGUUCACACUUGUAUUCGUUUGAUCAUAAAGUUUAGCAUUAGUUAGUAUCACAAGCCUCCAAAUACUACUCAUAUCUAAUCCUUGUACAUCUACUGAGUUUUAUUAAGGUUUACGUCGGAGCUAAUUUAACCCGUCAAGUAAUGCUUACUUUAUGUACUUCUUAUCGGUCCUUAUGAACUAGUGGUCAUACCUAGCUGCCGUAAUGUAGUUGUAAGUCGUUAACCAUUACACCACCUCUCCAGAUUCUCCAUAUCUUGUCACUUCUCUUUAACUACACAACCGUAAGUAUUUACGUGGUACCAAUCAACUUGACAUAGCCUGUAGAAGGUCCUGUUUACGAGGGUUAUCUUGUUUUUUACACGCUAAUUUUCGUGGAUCGGUUGUAGUCGUGAUACGUCUCUGGAUUAGGUGUUAACCUUAAAGUAAAAUGUCUUACAACUCCGUUUGGGUUUUGUAUGUGAUUCGCCGGAAUAUUUUCGACUGGCAAUCCGUCACGGACUCUGGAAUAACUGAAUACGAUUUGCGUAAAGUCCCUGUGUAAGUGAUGCAUUCAUCCGAGUGUCACAAAACGGUGGGUUUUGGAGAACUAGUGAGUGGCUUCUGAGCCGACGUGUGAUUGAACUCGCUUGCUUUGUCGACAGUAACUACACUGUAGUCCUACACUCUUCAUGGCCACUCAACUGUUCCUGUUCAAGAUUAUCAGCCACCACGAAAUCUGGCUUAAAUGAAGACAUGGUUGUCCCCUUCUCUAAAUAAAUUCUUUCGUAGCCGUACAUUUGUUCAUGCGUUAUUCAGUGUAUGAUAAUCCAAAAGUUUGUCGGAAUUGACAGCAACCAACCAAAUAUUACUCGGAUGAGAAAGUUGUUUCUAAAUCGUGUUUUGUCUUAGAGACUAAACAAAACCAUAUAUUAGAGGUAUAUCCAAACAUCUGCUUUUUUAAUUACACAUUUUCCGUGUUGAGUUGUAAAUGUAGUCAUAUUAGGCAUUUAUCCUGUGUUAUCUAAGCUUUUUGUUCUGGAAAAGCACGCGUUUUAAUGAUAUAUUCUGGCUCACUCUUGUUACAGAACGAAGAAUGUCUGUUAUCAUUCGACUACAAAAUUUACCAAUUUCAGCAAACGCCUCGAAUAUUCGACGGUUUUUCAGCGGGUUGUCCAUUCCUGAAGGGGGGGUGCAUAUCGUCGGGGGCACGGAAGGUGAUGCAUUUAUUGCUUUUGCUACAGAUGAAGACGCAAGGAAAGCUAUGCUGCUUGACCGGCAAACGAUAAAUGGAGCACCUGUUCGCUUGUUUCUGAGCAGCAAAGCCGAAAUGCAGUCAAUAAUUGAAUCUGCCAAAACUUCAGCUUUGUUUUCCGGUGGGAGAAAUCCUGUGUUAUCUCAACCUAUCUCCCAAAAGAAUGAAACCAUGCAUGCACUAGAUGUAACAGCUCCUACCUUACCCAGUUCCUUCCCAUCAUACCGCAACGGCGCAACUCGUGAAUCAUUUGAUGACUCUUCCAAGCAGUUUCCUUACACUUAUAACAAAGGUGUAAACCUGGAUCUACCUCGUAUUCAAAUUGAGUCGACUGCGCGUAACAUCCCGGAUAAAUACCCCGAGAAUUUAUCUUCAGACAGACCACAUUUUAAUCAGGAUCGAGAUUAUAGUUACAAUAACCAACCUAACAUGCCUCCGAGAUAUGAUGAUAUGCGGGAUUUCCCACCAGCUAAUGACUACGGUUUAGGAAGCGGAUACUUGACUAACCGUAGUGACUUGUCGCAUAGGUCUCCCGAAGAAAGUUUCAUCUCGAGAAGUAAAGACGCUGAAAUCAAAAAUAGUCAUUAUUCUGCGCUCCACGUUUCAGAUGGUAUGGGGACGGAUUAUGAUAAAUACCGUGCACAUUCGCCUAAAGUAUUUAACGACCGGUUCCCUCCACAUGAUAUUCAGUUACGUGAAUUCGGUCGUGGAAAUAAUCACCAGUAUUCAUCAGAAUUCAGAAGUGGUCCGGCUCAUCCACUUGAUCGUGACUCUACGUGCACUAAUUCUAGGUUGCAAGAGGAACGUGACUUUUCUGUUAGACCUCCGUGGCUCAGUGAUGAUGCAUCGGCCGCAGGACCAAAGCGUCCAUUCCAAACUCAGAACACAGACUUUGAAGAGUACCCACGCAAACGUCGACCACCACCAUCAUUUGCUCGCCCAUCUGAUGUAGUGCCUGGAGAAACUGAUUUCAUACUUCGAGUUUGUUUACCUGCACCAGAAGCUGGAAUAAAGACUGUCUUUGAAGUUUUACGUGGGGUUCAAGUUGUUCCAAAGUGGGGUAUCCGAGUUGAAGAGGAUUUGCUACAGCGUGCUACUGGGUAUGUGUUUAUUAUGAUGACAACACGUGAUUCAUACGACCGAGCACUCAACUUCAAUAAUCGACCCCACAAAGGCGACGUGAUAAAAGUAAUCAAGUCUACUCUGAAUGAAUUUUACAGUGUUAGUGAUACAAACUUUACUUUAAAAUGCCCCCCAGAAGUUGCUAAGAAGCUUCCUCUAGCUGACCAGUCAUACCCUCCUCAUUACAAUGAUGGUUGUCUUGAGCUUGCUGAGCUGCCACCUGACACCACCAAGGCAGAGGUAGUCCGAUUUUUGGGUGCUCCCGGUCUAACUUGUGAGAAUGUUGUACUGGCUCGGUUCCCUCCAAAUGAUAAGUCUGUACCACGCAGUGGCAACUUAACUAGAGCACUUGUUACACUCCCAUCUGCGGAAGAUAUCAAAAUCCUUCUCUCUGCCAAGCCACGGCCAUUUCGGCCGGAUGUGGGACUUCCGUCAGUGCGUUUGACACCAAUAUCAAAGUUGCAAGUCACUGCUUACUCAGCCUUGGCGAUUGGUGAUAGGCCUGAAAGCAUUAAAGAGUCUAUCAAGCCAUCUACUCCGCGUGAUGUUGAUCCGGAGCCUACUAAACAACCUGCUGGUUUUCUGACGUGUGCCCGUGUUAGCGGUUUUUCUCGCACAGUAAAAGAUUCUGAAGUUCUGAAUCUGUUUCCGUCCAUCCUAAUUCCUGGAGAUGCGGUACGAAUGGAUCCUGACGCUAAUAUUGCUUUCAUUGAUUUUAUCAGUGAAAACAACUGUCGUCGUGCUGUGAAUGAAGUAUCGACUGAAGGCUCUAAGGCAAAACAAUCACACCCAUCUCUUCAUAUAGAGGCUAUUACUCGAGAAGAAAUGCUGAGCCGUUUGGGUGUCAAUUCCAAAGGAGAUGAGCAACUUAAUUUUGACAGACCUGGAAGAUCUCGUGACAGAGACCCACGGGAACACCGCACCCAGUGGGACCAGCGCCAGCGUCCAUCACCGAAUCUAUUUGAGAGCCGUCCUCCAAGUGUAGGUAGAGCCAAGUACGACGACUCUUACUACGAUCGUCCCUCUGUACCUGCCCCUUUUGAUGAUCAUCAUGACUCCUUCCGUAGGUUCCGCCCGCCUGUGGAUAAUUUACAUUCCAUCCCACCACACCAAUCAGAUAUUUCAUCUCUUCAAAGACAGCCUGUUCCUCUCCCACAUCGUCGCUCAGUUCCUGACUUUGUUUCUGUUUUUGUUGGAAAUCUCCCGCCUACAUGUACUGUUGACCAACUGGCUGCAAUAAUGCGGGAUUAUUAUUUCGUUCCGGGUUCAAUAAGAUUACGACGUGACCCUCAAGGACAGUUUGUCGGUGAGGCGUUAGUGGAAUUCAAAACAAGUUAUGAAGCUGAUAGGGCGCUCAGGGGGCUAAAUGGAUAUCGUGUAGCCGGCCGACCCUUGGUCUUGCGUUUCGAUCACCGGAAGUAA